AUGGCAAAUGAUGAUACAGCUGACACCUUAUUUAGACAAAUUGAUACAAAUCGGAAUGGACGUAUUGAUAAAAGUGAAUUUCGAAAUUGGUUUUCAAAUACUGAAGGAUUGACUACAUCAAAUGAAUCAAUAGCUGGUGUACCUAAUCGUUAUGAUGAUACUACUAGUCGAUUUGGUCGAUGUCGAUAUACAGAUAGUUAUCAUGAUGAUUUGGGAUAUAUGGUUGAUAAAUAUAGUUCAUAUGGAACUAGGAGAUGGAUUGAUGAUACGGUGGUUGAUACAAAUAGUCCAGAAGAAACCAAUUGUUAUCUGGAAAAAUCAGGUACGAAUAUUUAUCAUGAUCCUAAUCCAAAAAUUAUUCGACGAGCAAGAAGUUCAAGUCCAGUAACACUUGAACAACGAGUUCUUGUUCGAUAUCUUCAACCACCAGCUGUACCACCACCAGGACCACUCAUUAUUAAAGAAGUGCGCCCACGACAACCAUCGCCACCUCCACCACUUGUCAUACGCGAAUAUGCACCACCUCUUCCUUCACCACCUCCACUUAUUUUACGUGAACGACCACCAACACCACCAAAAUAUAUUCCUAGUGAAACAAUUAUUCGUACCUUACCUGCUUUACCUGUUCCACCACGAUCAGUUAUCAUCGAACGUUUUCCACCUCCUCCAGAAAAACCACGUGAUAUUAUUAUUGAACGAUGGAUUCCCUAUGGGCCUCAGCCUAAACGGCGUACAAUUGUUGAACAUGCUCCUCCAGCUAUCGAAUAUCCACAACCAUCUAACACUACUAUUAUUUAUUCUGCUGCUGAAACACGUAUAGUUCGAAAAUAUCAAGAACUUGGUGUUACUCCGGAAGAUCCUGAAUGUUAUAGAGCUCGUUAUGGAUCAUCACUUUUAGAUUCAGUAACACUUGUUCAACAAGCUCGCAACGCUGGUGUUAUUGAAGAUAUAUCGCCUCCAGCACGAUCAUCUUCAGUAUAUACAACUACAUGUGGAUGUCCUGUUUAUUUUGAUCGAUCGGAUGAUAUAAUCAAAAGAGAUUAUUCAUCAACAGUUCGAACUAUUAUUGAAGAACACGACUAA